UCAUUCACCCAUUCACACACACACUCACACACCAAUGAUAGAAGAUAUUCCCAUGACCUUUUUGCAAUUUAACGAUAACAUACUGACAUAUUCCAUGUGAAUGUGGUGGGUGUGGUGAAUGUGGAGCCGUUUGUCCCUUCACAGGUAUAUAAGAGAAGCUCAGUAGACUUGUUAUUCUACAGACAUAAGACAGACUGCAAACUUUCCAGUGUAUUUACAGCAUUGGAGCUUUCGAUUCUAACUUACAGGCAACAUGAAGCUUUUGAUCUUUGGUGUGAUUUUGAUUGCUACACAUACUGGAGCCCAAGAUCUGGAAAAAAGGCCAGUUUGUUACACUCAGUGGUUUGACCGGGACAAUCCCAAUGGGAAUGGAGAUUAUGAAACCAUGAAUGAACUGAGAGCAGAGUAUCCAAAAAAGAUCUGCUCCAAACCUCUGACCAUUCAGGCUGCAACACUCACUGGAGUUCCUGCAGAAAGCAUUGGACAAGUGUUUGAAGUGUAUGACACAGUUUUUGGAUUUUCCUGUGUCAAUUCUGAUCAAAAGAAUGACGAAUGCUGCUUGGACUAUAAGGUGCGCUUUGGAUGCCGAUGCCCUUGGCCCCCAAUCAAGCCUGAAGUGGAGUAGAUCCCAGCCUAGAACGUUUACUUAGAUACUGCACACAUGCACGCUUGUUUCUUCAGCCAUUUUAUUAAACAAUUUAAAAGGCUGUUUUUCUUUUUAAAAUGUCUAAAAUGUCACUGAGUAUAUCUUGUUUUUGAGAUGAUUAACUUUUUCACUUGUAUUCUUAGACACUUGGUGAUUAGGUUAUUGACUGUAGCAUGUUCUUUGUAUGCUUUUCUCAUUGCGAAUUAAAGAAUGCAAACAUAUGGGAUUUAAAUCAUACUUUAUCUAGUCAG